CUUUGUGUCGCUGUUUGUUUGUGUGUAGGCUCUUGCUAUUUGUAUGGACAUUAAGUGUGUGUGGGUCUGAAGGUUGCCAUAUAUGUCCAACCUCCUCUGUGUUUCUAUAUACAAGACGUAAUAGGCUACAUGUUCAAAUCAAUCUUUUUUUAAUGUGAUAUUUAGUGCAUCACUCCAGUUUGAAGUCUUUGCACAUUGAUAGAUAAAGUCUCUUUCUAUGUGUGAGCCCAAAUACUAAGCCUGGAAAAUAAGAUGUGAGCAACUGAAGAAGGAGCAUCUUCCCUUUGUUGUUGUUUUCUUUCAGCUUAGCUAGUCCUUUUGGUCUUACUGUGGAGCUGAACAUGGGAACAUUUAGCUACACUAAAGGAGAAGAUGAUGUCCAGUGUGCCGUCGUGAGAAAUCCGAAGAAAAACUGCAAACGGAGUCUAAAGAAACACCGUUUUCUGGAUCUCAAACUUCACAAAGAAACUAUUUUACAGAUCCUCCUGGUGCGACCAUGUGUGUGUGUGUGUGUGUGUGUGUGUGUGUGUGAGAUUGGGACCUGGUGUGUGUCAGGAGGCUAUGGUGAGGCGAUGUGCACCGGCUGGUGUGAGGAGAGAUGUAGCAGCGACAGUGGAAAACAACGGAGAGGUAAAGGAGUGGAUCUUCAUUCAUGGCUGCGCGUCUCACUGUUGUUCUCGGCUCUGUGGGGCCAAGCGUCCCCCCAGUGCCCAGACAGCUGCCACUGCGCCUGGGACACGGCCACGGUGCUGUGCUCAGACGCGGGGCUGCGGGAGAUCCCAGAGGGGAUCCCACCAGAAACGGUCUCCCUCCACCUGGAACGCAACUACAUCCGGAACAUCCCCGAGACUGCCUUCAGCGAUCUGGUCCACCUGCGGGACCUUUACCUGUCCCACAACCGCAUCGACUCGCUCGCCUCGGGGGCCCUGCGGCAUCUGGGCCCCGAGCUCCGCCUGCUGGACCUCUCACACAACCAAUUGAGGCAGGCCAGUAGAGAGGAGUUUGGCUCCACUCGUGCAAAGACGCGCCUCUACCACAACCCCUGGCACUGUGACUGCGCCCUUCAGGAGCUGAUGGAGACUCUGAACCUAGAGCCCGAGACGGUGAAUGGGAUUGUGUGUGAGAGCUCUGUGAGGGUGGUGGGUGAGGGAAGCAGGUGGGAGGACCCGGGGUCCCAGGGUGAGCACGCCGGUCAACCGCUGGUCAAACUGUUGGAUUCUGGGGUGAAUUUCUGCAACCUGCAGAGGAAAACCACUGAUGUAGCCAUGCUGGUGACAAUGUUUGUAUGGUUCUUCAUGGUCAUUGUGUAUGUAGUGUACUAUGUGAGGCAGAACCAAGCAGAGACCCGCAGGCAUUUGGAGUACCUGAAGAGUUUGCCCAGCCCACGCAAGACCCCUACAGAGACAGAUACUCUGAGCACUGGUUUCUGAACCCCUGCUCGGCUGUAAUUUAUAUGGAAUAAUACUCAAAUGGAAUUUUUAUGUACUGAUAAACUUCAAAAUGCUGUUUGGAGUUACUGAAAGAUGCUGAUCCAGUGGAUAUGAACUUUUUACAGCUGUGUUUUGUGAUUGUAACAUUUCUUUAUAUGUGAGCAUCCCCACCAUGUUUUUCUUAAUGAUUCUUUACCUAUUGCAUUUUUCUCAAUUUAAUAGAAGAUAUUUAUGAAGUAAUUCUACCAUGUGCACCGGGAGAAAAGAGUGAGACAAAGAAAGACAAA